GGGGUCCUCAUUUUCAAAACAAACAAAAUGGCGGCGUACAUGAGAUGGGGACUUCAGCAGUUGUUACGGGCACGAAAUAUCGCUCACUUUAGGUUCCCAGCCAAGACCAGAAUUUCAUACCGCAUACAGUCCACGACCCAGAGCGUCAGAGUCCAGCAUCAGUCCGGGACAGGAACCACAAAGAGCUCAGUAAGAUACUUUUCCAUCCAAACUCAAGACACUCCAAAUCCCAGAAGCUUGAAGUUCCUCCCUGGGAAACCUGUACUAGGAAGUGGGACAUUAGAUUUUCCGUCUCCUAGCUCCGCUGGAACUUCAUCUUUAGCCAGGGACCUGUUUGAAAUUGAAGGAGUUAAAAGUGUGUUCUUUGGCCCUGACUUCAUCACAGUCACAAAAACAGAUGAGGACGUAGAGUGGGCAGACAUUAAGCGUCACACUUUGGAGGCCAUCAAAAAGUUCUUUGAGAGUGGUGAGCCAAUAACAACAGGAGCAGUGCAUCAUGAAAGCAGUCUUUCUGAAGAUGAUGAUGAUAUUGUAUCCAUGAUAAAAGAGCUUCUGGAUACAAGAAUCAGACCUACAGUACAAGAGGAUGGAGGCGAUGUCAUCUUUAAAGGUUUUGAGAACGGAAUAGUCAAGUUGAAGCUGGUCGGUUCCUGCACCGGAUGUCCCAGCUCUACAGUCACUCUGAGAAACGGCAUUCAGAACAUGAUGCAGUUUUAUAUCCCUGAAGUGGACAAGGUGGAGCAGGUGGAAGAUGAAGUGGAUGAAAUUAAUGCAAAGGUUUUUGCUGAAGUGGAACGCAAAUUACAAGACUAAAAACUUCCACAACUAACACACUCAUGAACUUUGACGAGGAGGAAAAAGUUUCACAGUAUACAUACGACAGGGCCGUUCUUCCCAUGGAUGACCAUACUAAUUUUAAAAUAAGGAAGAUCAUUUCCAGUGGUCGUGUCUCCAUACUAAAUGCUGUUAAGAGUUUAAGCUGUAAUUAUACCUGUAAACAGCAGUUUUUUUUUCUUUCUAUACAUAAUUAUCUACUGUGAUGUCUAUGAAUGUUGUGUUGUAUUUAUUUCUUACAAAUAUUAUAUUGAGAGAAUAUUUUCUUAAGAUGGAGAUUUUCUGAAAGUUUGUCAAUGUCAUAAAAAAACGAAGAUUUGAUUAAAUAUUCCAUUUGCUGCUUCUGUGCACACGAUGUAACAACCAAACAGUUUAAGCAUUUUAAUUAAUUUAAAUUACAUGUCACCCAUGAGAUAAAAUGUAAAUGGGCUGCAGUUAUCAACUGAGCGAAAGUAGGUUGUCAGUGAAGCAUUUUGAAAUGUUUUAUUGUGUGUAUGUAUGUAUAUAUAUAUAUAUAUAUAUAUAUAUAUAUAUAUAUAUAUAUAUAUUUAAUGCACCUAUCUGUGGAUUUACUGUAACAAUAAAAUUCACUGGUUGACUUUG